AUGGCCAUCUUCACAGAUAUGGUGGAGGAAAUAAUGGAAGUUUUCAUGGAUGACUUAUUAAUGGAAGGUAUAGUCUUGGGGAACCUAGUGUUAAGUAAGGACAUUGAGAUGGAUCGUGCAAAGGUUGAUGUAAUAGAAAAGUUUUCACCACCUACUUUCAUCAAGGCAAUAAGAAGUUUCCUUGGCCACGCCGACUUCUAUAGGCGGGUAGCUUUUAUGGAAUUGAAGAAGAGGUUGGUGAUUACACCUAUCAUAGUUGCGCCUAAUUGGGAGCAACCAUUUGAGCUGAUGUGUGAUGCAAGCGACUAUGCUGUGGGAGCAGUUCUUGGGCAGCAAAAAGAUAAAGUCAUGCAUCUAAUCUACUACGUAAGUAGAACCUUGAGUGGUGCCCAACUAAAUUACACACUAACCGAGAAGGAGAUGCUAGCAGUGGUGUUCACAUUUGACAUUCAGGGAAUGGAGAACCAAGUGGCUGAUCACUUUUCUAGGUUGGAAGAAGUAGAGAAGACGGUGGAGGUAGAAGAGAUUACAGAGACUUUCCUGGAGGAACAAUUGUUGGCCACGAGCCUUGAGGCGUGUCACGCAUCCCCAUAUGGUGGUCAUUUUAGGGGAGUAAGGAUAGUUGCAAAAGUAUUGGAGUCGGGCUUCUAUUGGCCGACAAUGUUCACAGAUACAUACCAUUGGGUGAAGGGUUGUGAUAAAUUCCAACGGACUGAGAAUAUUUCUUGCCGACAUGAGAUGCUCAUGAACCCAAUUCAGGAAGUGGAACUAUUUGACGUAUGGGAAAUCGAUUUCAUGGGGCCUUUCAUCAGCUCAUAUGGCAACAGGUAUAUACUUGUAGCUUUGGACUAUGUGCCAAAAUGGGUAGAAGUUAUGGCACUCCCUACAAAUGAUGCAGAGGUUGAAAAAUUACCUAGGAAUGAGUGA